GGACUUUAACUUAGCUUCCGGCACCGUUAUAAUCUUAACAUUCUACAUUUCACAUGAUUUUUUAAUUAAAAAGUGAACUGCCGACCAUAUCCAACCGUCUGAAAACUUUAACGUCUAUUCUGCGCACUGAUUUGAUAAUGAAGGGGAACAUAAUCGGGAUCUUGGUGAUGAGUUUGUCGCUUGGCGCCCCGCUCGCAGGACAAGACUAUGAGAUUAAAUCUACUGAGGAAGUGAGGGCUGUAGUUGGCAAAAAUGUCACUCUGCCGUGUCAAACUGAGCCCCCGAAAGAUUUACAAUCUCUGACAGUGGAGUGGAAAAACAACGAGAGCUUUGUCCACCAUUACAGAACCGGACAGGAUGAUCAUGAUCUACAGCAGCCGCAAUACACAAACAGAACGAUCCUCUCCCAUGAGGACCUGGUCAAAGGAAAUCUGUCACUGAAACUACUCCAUGUACAGCUGAGCGAUCAAGGAAACUACACCUGCAGUGUUGUGAAGCUGUCAAAUAAGACAAAGGUCACCAGCGGUCAUGUGUCCCUCAUUGUGUCAGAUGGAGCAGAGGACGGAAACGACGAUUCAGGAAAGAAAACUGGCACUCAGCUUAGCCUUGGUGCAAAAAUUGGGAUUGGGAUUUCCGUUGCCUGCGUAAUUCUCAUCCCUGGUGGUGUUGCUGUCUAUCUGUGGAAAAAACGUGAAGCCCCAGGAGCAGCACAAGGUGGAGAACCUGGAGGCCAACCUCAUGAAAUAAUCGAACUACUUGGAAUGUCGCGACCUGGGGGGGAGGGGGGGGUGGCUUGAGUGUGACAGAAAAAAGGGAGAACAGUAAAAAGUGGAGUAGGAUUUAUUCCUUAGGUUUUCUCCGGGAUUUUUUUUUGUUUUAACCCUCAUCCGUCUGUUUUGCUGAAUUUUGUUGUGUCUUUAACUUCUGAAUGAAGGUGCUGCCUGAUGAAAUGCUGGAGUUUUAGUGUUUAGCCUUUUGACACUGACUUUUCAACCAUUUCACCUCAGAAAGAGGGUAAUGUGUGCGCUUGUCUUUGAUUUUUUACAUUUUUUUUUUCUUUUUUUUUUUUUAAGAGACCAUGUGAUUGAUAUUUCAAGUCAUGUACACAUUCCUGUGAAUUUUGGUACUUAAAAACAAGUGAUAACAGGUAUUUUUUUUUUUUUUUCAUUUUCUGUAUUCAAUUUUAAAUUCAUUGUACUUCACAGCAGAUACUAUGAAAUUAACUGCAGGGUUUUUUAGGUUUCAUUUUAACUUUUUAAA